AAUGAUUGUUUAUAAUCGUGAUAGCUUUUUUUAUCGACGAAGAUGUAAAAAAAAUACGCUGUUUCCACGGUUUUUGCCUCAAGAAUAUUAAUUAUUACGCAGUGCUUAAAAUAUUUACCAUUCUUCAAUAAAUUAAUCUCAUUUUGACAAACUGCAGCAAGUACUCAAUCUCCGAUGACGUCCGCAUUCAGUUCCAGCGAAGCUGCUGCAAUCGAGCGGCAAGUGGAUCUGACAGACUCGAAUCAGCCGGCGUGUGUCGACAUUCGGCUGAACGAUUUCUGGGGCGAAGCCCAACUGGCGGAAUGUGCCCAAUGGAUCCGGGAGCAAAAUUUCAAGAAGGUUUGUCUUCAGUUCCCGGAUAUUCUGCUCCCGUUCAGUACGGAGAUUUCCGAACAGCUGGGCGAAGUGGCUUCAGCGGUGAACACAGGUGUUUAUAUUCUGGGGGAUACUUCCUACGGCAGCUGCUGCGCGGAUGAAAUAGCUGCCUCACACGUCGGUGCCGAUGCGAUUAUACACUUUGGACAUGCCUGCCUGAGCCGCGCCGUUCGUCUACCGAUCAAGUACGUUUUUAUCCGGGGUCAGAUGAGUGUGGAUCGGUUCGUACAUGCCAUGAGGGAGGAAUUCACAGAUCGGAAUAUAGAUUUGGGAAUUUUCUACGAUGUCAGUUUAGCGCAUGCUACGCGGGAGAUUAAAGAUCAACUGGAGAAUGACUUCCCGAACAUUAGUUUCGGUCAGUUGGCAAUGUCCGGAGAGCAGCCGGAUUUGCUGUGCUGGAAGCUGAAUGGACGUACUUAUGAAAAUUCCGUCUGUGUAUUUGUUGGGGGCGAUAACAAGAGCUUCUUUCAUACAUCGAACGGAAUUAAAGCCAGGCAGUGGUUCCGUUACGACCCAGAAUCAGAUGCGCUGACUCAAGACAGUCCACUGGAUUCCAAGUGGCUGCGACGGCGGUUGUACUACGUUGAGAAGUGUAAGGAUGCCAGCUCGUUGGGAAUCGUGGUGGCAACUUUGACGGCAAAUGGAUAUCUGGACGUGGUGAACCGCGUUCAGAAGAUGGCGAAGGCCCGUGGCAUUCGGACGUAUAUCAUUUCCGUUGGGAAAAUCAAUCCUGCCAAAUUGGCGAAUUUUGUGGAGAUCGAUUGUUUCGUGCUGAUCGGUUGCCCGGAGAAUGAUCUGUUCACGUCGAGGGACUUCUUCAAACCGUUGGUAUCGGUUUUCGAGUGUGAACUCGCAUUCAAUCCGGCUUGGAAGAAUCAGCUGCCCGACAGUUACAGCACAGACUUCAGCGAUCUACUUCCCAAUGGACGAUUGUACAAAGAUUUUUUGGCGGAGUCGGUGGAUAACACGGAAACGGAUAUCAGUUUGGUGACGGGGAAGGUUAGAAGCGUGAACCGGGUGGAAACCGAGAUGACAAAUGGUGGUGAAUGCCAAGUGGUGCAACUGAGAGGGAAGAAUGAGGUGGCGCAGGUUAGUUCCGGCGAUGUGCUGCAGAACAGAACGUGGCAAGGUUUGGAGCAAAAUUUGGGUCGAGAUGCUCCGGCCGUGGUAGAAGAAGGGCGCAGUGGAAUCCCGAUCAAGUAUCAGAAUGAUAACCUUGAGUAAUGAAUCAGACAGAUGCAUAGAAUUGUCCAUAUAUUUAAAGUUUUGAAAUAAAUUGAAAACAUUUUUAAUUAUUCCUAUUGCAAA